AUGUCGAACUCCGUUAAAACUCGCGGUUCAGCUCUCAAUGCAAUCAAACGCUAUAUGGUUAAGAGCACUGACGAGGCAUUCACAAUGGAUGCAGAAAGUGUGAAAAGUUAUAUGCAACUGCUUAGCGAACAGUGGGCUCGAUUCAACAGUGCUCAAGAUGCGGUCGAGGUUUCGUGUGGAAGUGACAAUAGUGAAGUUGAAGAAAAUGUGCGUAUACAAGCCGAGGCGUGGUUUUCUACGGCUUUAGCUAAUUUCAAUCGCGUACAGAAGUGUCGGGCAGAAUCACAGCAUCCGUCCCCGCCAACAACAGUGUCGGCAGGCAUACGGCUCCCUAAAAUGGAGCUGCCUACAUUCUCGGGCGACUCCACAGAAUGGAUUGGUUUCUUUGACGCUUUUUCCUCGCUGGUUGACUGUGACGCGGCAUUAUCAAAUGUACAAAAGCUUCACUAUCUGCGAAGCUGUUUAAAGGCUCUCAAUGCAAUCAAACGCUAUAUGGUUAAGAGCACUGACGAGGCAUUCACAAUGGAUGCAGAAAGUGUGAAAAGUUAUAUGCAACUGCUUAGCGAACAGUGGGCUCGAUUCAACAGUGCUCAAGAUGCGGUCGAGGUUUCGUGUGGAAGUGACAAUAGUGAAGUUGAAGAAAAUGUGCGUAUUCAAGCCGAGGCGUGGUUUUCUACGGCUUUAGCUAAUUUCAAUCGCGUACAGAAGUGUCGGGCAGAAUCACAGCAUCCGUCCGCGCCAACAACUGUGUCGGCAGGCAUACGGCUCCCUAAAAUGGAUCGCUGUUUAAAGGGUGACGCGUUGAAAAUAAUAAGUGGCUUUAAAAUAUGCGAUGCCAAUUACGAAGAAGCGUGGGACUUAUUAAAGUCGCGUUAUAAAGUUAUGCGUGUGAUUGUUGAGGGCCAUCUCAGAGCGAUGGCCGAUGUUAAGAGUGCGGCUAGUGAUACUGCUGACGCAAUUAAAAGAGUGCUCGACGCGUUUCAGCAGCACAUACGUGAACUUAAGGCUUUAGGUCGUCCAGUGCAGUUUUGGGACGAUUGGCUUGUGCAUGAAGUAGUCAGCAAACUAGCAUUCGAGACGCGAAAGCAGUGGGAGCUAUCACUCGUGAGUGAUGAGCCUCCGACGUUCGAACAAUUGUCCACAUUUUUAGAAGUCAGGUGUCGAUCUCUGGCUAUGCUUUCUUCGUCAGCUACAGCAGUACCUCCGAAAGGCAAAACGUCUUCAGUGAGCAAAUCGGCGAAAGUGUUUCACGCAGUGCAAACCCAAAAUAGCUCGAGCUGUACAUAUUGUAAUGGGCCGCAUAAAAUAUACAGUUGUGAGAAGUUUCGCGAUUUAAACGCAAACGAUAAAUCAAAAUUCAUUAAAGACUCGCGCGUGUGUACGAACUGCCUCAGCUCAGGCCAUUAUAAAGCGAAAUGCAUUAGCGCGUCCGCAUGCAGAGUUUGCCAUCAACGCCAUCACACUUUGCUACAUAAUACCGCUUCUUCAGCCAAUGUCGCAACAAGCGCUCAUUUGGUCAACAACGUAGCUGCUGCUAUGCCGUCCUCCCUAACAGCAACCACCGUACCGCAACCAAACGCAACUACUUCUCCUGUUUGUGAUCCUUCCGCACACACUGCUCCCGCAGGCAUUUCAUCGUGUUUGAAUUCCAAUUCAAACUCACCGCAACGAAAAGAAAGGACGGUACUAUUGGCAACCGCCUUCGUCAAAGUGCGCGAUUGUUCCGGUCACUGGCAACCCGCUCGCUUGUUGUUCGAUUCUGGCUCGCAUGCCUCCUUCGUAACCGAGGCGCUAGUGCAACGUUUGGGUCUACAACGAAAGGCGUCUGCAGUUUUCAUCACUGGAAUUGGGUCGUCGCAAGGAGGUCGUUCAAGAGGUGAGGUACUACUUUCCCUGUCAUCCUUUCGUUCAGGUCAAUGUUUUAAUGUCAACGCGUUGAUUUUACCAAAAAUCACGAGCGAAUUGCCAACACAUAAAUUAGCAGUUUCAGUUUGGCCGCAUGUACAAGGCUUGUUCCUUGCCGAUCCGCAAUUCACGAGGCCUGGGCGUAUCGACAUCUUGAUAGGUAUGGAUGUCAUGGAUCAGCUUCUUUGCUCUGAGUUCCGUAAAGGUCCACCUGGCACGCCGAUGACUCAACGUACAGUCUUCGGUUGGACGCUGUUUGGCAGUGUUGAUGGAAUCGAAUCUGCUCCGUCUCAUCUGCAGUCGAUGCAUUGCAACGUUCAUCUGGACAGAGCGCUUACCCGAUUGUGGGAGCUGGAAGAAGCACCACAAAAGACCCAUCUCACUUGCAAAGAGCGUCAUUGUGAAGAGUUUUUCGAAGCAACGCACCGCAGAGCACCGGACGGUCGAUUUAUAGUUGAGCUGCCACUAAAAUCUGAUGUUCUAUUGGGAGAUUCGCGAAAUAAUGCUGUUCGAAACCUACUGCGAAUUGAGAGAAGACUUGCACGGGACGAAGACUUACGCCAGCGCUACAAUGAGUUCAUGCAGGAGCUCAUCGAGAUGAAACAUAUGGAGCUUGCACCAGAAUCAUCAAACCAGACGUUUUACAUGCCGCACCAUCCUGUUGUAAAGGAGUCCAGUCUCACGACUAAGCUAAGGGUUGUGUUCAAUGCAUCCGCUAAAUCUGCCACCGGAAACUCGUUGAAUGACGCCUUAUUUGUAGGUCCUCAAUUGCAGCAAGACUUGUUUUCGAUUCUAACGCGUUUCAGAACGCAUCGCUACGCAGUAACCGCGGAUAUCGCAAAAAUGUACCGCCAAGUCUGCGUAUCGCCGAAACAUGUAGACUUACAACGAAUUGUCUGGCGUCGUGAUCCAUCUUUGCCCAUGCAGGAUUAUCGAAUGUUGCGUGUGACUUACGGUGUGGCAGCUGCGUCCCACCUUGCAGUCAAAUCGCUACAACAAACCGCAAAAUGUUCGUCGAACGUUUCUGAGAAAGCUGCUUCCGUCAUCCUCAAUGAUUUUUACAUGGACGACCUCCUCACUGGUACAGCUUCCAAAGCAGAGCUGCUACUUUUGCAACGAAACAUAUCCGGAAUACUCCAGCAAGGUGGCUUUGAGCUCCGAAAGUGGGCGUCGAACUGUGCGGAGUUUAGCGAAUAUAUUUCGAACGCGUCGAAGACUAUAUCGCACUAUCUAGUCGAGGGAACGACUGGGUCGCUCACAGAGCUUUAUAUAUUCGCUGACGCGUCUGAACGCGCGUACGCCGCAGUUAUGUACGCACGCACCGUGAAAAUUGACGGCAGUGCCACCGUCGCGCUGAUUUCAUCAAAAACCAAGGUAGCACCGCUCAAAACAACAACAUUGCCGCGACUAGAGCUAUGCGCUGCGCAUUUAGCCGCUAAACUAGCACGAAGCGUUCUGCACAGUUGGGGUGAUCUCCGCUAUCCGCUGUAUGCAUGGACAGACUCCACCAUCACGUUGGCGUGGCUACAAGCUCAUCCUAGCAGAUGGAUUACCUUCGUCGCAAACCGCGUGGCUGACGUUCAAGAAACCCUGCCUCCAGAGUGCUGGAACCAUGUUCGCUCAGAGUUGAAUCCAGCAGAUUGUGCCUCGCGAGGUAUAACCCCGUCUGAGCUACUGCGUCAACAGCUUUGGUGGACUGGUCCUGAAUUCCUGAAGGGUCCAGACCAGUUCUGGAAGCAAACAUCACCAAAGCAUCACACGACCGAUUUGGGUGUUCGGAGCAAGGUUUCUGCUCACAUCACGACUUCCAACGAGCAUUGGUCGAUACUCACGAGGUUUUCGUCGUAUUCGAAGCUGCGCCGUAUUAUCGCCUACGUUUUGAGGUUUUUCGUCAACGCUCGAGCUAGUACUCGACUCAACGCUGCUAAGCUAUUUGGCCCUCCUAGUUGUAAGGAGAUAGCCGAAUCUGAGCUGCACUUGAUCAGCGCAAAAAGGCCGAUUCCGCUUCGUAGCAGUCGUUUGCGUUUGCAACCAUAUCUGGACGAAAAAGGCGUCUUGCGCGUUGGCGGCAGACUGAAGAAUGCUGAAGUAACCCCUGACGUGAAGCACCCCAUCGUCUUGCCAAAGAAUUCUCCGCUUGCGAAGUUGAUCAUCCGUGAAAUACACGAGUUCACACUACACGCUGGGCCCCGCAUUAUGCAGACAGUCCUGCAACGCCGAUAUUGGGUUAUUGGCGCCCGCAGCUUAAUUCGCAGCAUUUACCACAAAUGCGUGAAAUGCACCCUGUUGAAUCGCAAUCUCGCCACACAGUCUAUGGGAGACUUGCCCGCAGCUCGAACUACCUGUUUAAAGGGUGACGCGUUGAAAAUAAUAAGUGGCUUUAAAAUAUGCGAUGCCAAUUACGAAGAAGCGUGGGACUUAUUAAAGUCGCGUUAUAAAGUUUUGCGUGUGAUUGUUGAGGGCCAUCUCAGAGCGAUGGCCGAUGUUAAGAGUGCGGCUAGUGAUACUGCUGACGCAAUUAAAAGAGUGCUCGACGCGUUUCAGCAGCACAUACGUGAACUUAAGGCUUUAGGUCGUCCAGUGCAGUUUUGGGACGAUUGGCUUGUGCAUGAAGUUGUCAGCAAACUAGCAUUCGAGACGCGAAAGCAGUGGGAGCUAUCACUCACUCGCGCGUGUGUAGGAACUGCCUCAGCUCAGGCCAUUACAAAGCGAAAUGCAAUAGCGCGUCCGCAUGCAGAGUUUGCCAUCAACGCCAACACACGUUGCUACAUAAUACCGCUUCUUCAGCCAAUGUCGCAACAAGCGCUCAUUUGGCCAACAACGUAG